GGUCGGUGCCUCAGUGUCACCUGUACGUGAAAUGAACACCUGUUGCCCGGUGGUCUGCACAGAAAAGCGGCUCGUGUUCCCGGUGCUUUGCGAGUGACGGCUCCCCGUCCGGAGGCCCCGCGGGUCGGACCGACAGGAGCAGACCGAGGAUGCGCUCCAUGAGCGAAUAAGCAGGAAGUCUCUCCGCGAGGAACCGACCAACAGAUUGAACAUGCUGCAGGUUGCCUGAGUGACAGAUAUGGGGUCAGCGAGAUCAUACUUGAAGUCUUCCACAGUGGUUGCGCUUCUUUGCCUUUUUGCGACCAAAGGAGGAGCGAGGCCGGAUGUGCGUGGACGGGUCGCAGGUGUGGUGGAGUUGGACUGUAGUUUUCCUCCCUCAGAGGCGACCGGUGUGACCCCCGCCUCCCUGCAUGUGGUUGAAUGGGUCCGGCGGGGACUCGAUAUCCCCGUCUUGAUCAAAUUCGGAUCCUACACGCCUCGCCUCCACCCACAAUAUGAGGGCCGGGUGUCCCUGGUACGGGUGACCGACCUGAGGCUGGAGAACCUGCAGCUGGAGGAUGGGGGCUUGUACGAGUGUCGAAUCCUCUUAUUGGACAAACCAACGGAUGAGCUGCAGAACGGAACUUUGGUUGUGCUUUCUGUAACCGCCACACCCACCUUCGCUGAAUCCCCGCCUCCUGCAAUGGACGCUCUGGUUGGAAGUUCGCUCUCUCUUCCCUGUGUUGCUAUUGGCAACCCUACCCCAACCAUCACUUGGCUGAAGGAUGGCAGUGUGAUUCCAAGAAUAAAUUAUCAGGACGGAGGCUUAUUUCUGCGAGCGGUGAGCGUGCAGUCAGCAGGGGAGUACACCUGCCACGCCUCCAACUCGGAGGGAAACGUGACUCGCACAACCAACGUGAAGAUCAAAGGUCCGCCGGUUAUUGUCGUCCCUCCAACAAGCGUUUCUCUCAACAAGUCCCAGAAUGCACUUCUCCAAUGCCUGGCGUUGGCCGACCCCCCCAACAUGACCUAUGUGUGGCAGAGAGGAGGCGAGAACGUCCAUCACAUUGAAUCUCUGAAGUCGCGAGUGAAGAUCAUGGUAGAUGGAACUCUCCUCAUCUCCAGUCUCAUCCCCGAGGACUCUGGGAACUACACAUGCAUGCCGACCAACGGCCUGCCGAACCCCCCGACGGCCUCUGCCAACCUCACAGUGAUGCACCCGGCCCAGGCUCUCCCGAUGCCACGGAAGACGUACCUCCCCACGGGUAUGGAGGGCGUGGUCACCUGCCCAGCGGCUGCUCAGCCCCCGCUGCUCCGGGUGGAUUGGACAAAGGACGGAGAACCACUGGACCUGUCCUUGUAUCCAGGAUGGACCUUGACACCCGAGGGCUCUUUGUUCAUGACCACAGUCAAUGACGAUACAGCAGGCGUGUACUUGUGUACCCCAUACAACAGCUACGGCAGCAUGGGUUCAUCUGAGCCAACGGACGUUAUUCUGCAGGACCCCCCAUCAUUCAGCAUCGCUCCAGAGGAGCAGUACAGACAGGAAGCUGGUAGAACUCUGCUCAUCCCCUGUCAGGGGAACAAGGACUCCACAAUGAAAGUGACCUGGAGCAAGGUCGACUUGGCUCGUCGAACUUCUUACUCCGUAGAACCCAAUGGUUCUCUCCUCCUACAGCCUGUCACAAAGGACCAUCAAGGGUCGUGGGAGUGCACCGCCACUAACCGCGUAGCCUCGGUGAAAGCCAGCACAAAAGUCUUUGUCCUGGGAACAAGUCCCCAUGCGGCUACCUCUAUGUCCGUCUCUCCAGGGGUGAGGCAGGCCAACGUUUCCUGGGAGGCAGGCUUUGAUGGGGGAUCAGCACAGACAUUUUCAGUUUGGGUGAAGAAGACUACAGCUGGUGAUAAUGAUGGAAGGCAGAACUGGUUCUCCGUACCCGUGCCCCCCUCCUCCGGCUGCAGCCUGCAGGUGAAAGGCCUGUCUCCUGCCACCGAGUACCAGUUCAGCAUCCUGUCGCACAACAAGAUGGGCACGGGGCCCUUCAGCGAGAUCACCGUGGCACGCACCUCGGAUCCUCCGGCGAGGAGAAGCAAACUCAAACCCCCUGCGUCGCUGUCGGCUAAUCGGGGCUCAGCCGGUGUUGUUCUGCAGUGGCCCCUCCCUGAGGCUCAGCACCCUCCCAUCUCAGGCUUUGUUCUCCAAUCCCGCACCGGCCAAGGGGAGUGGUUUCCUUUGGAGGAUGACAUCAGUGCCAACCGUAGCGAGAUAGUCGUUCCGGGUCUGCACAAGGAUUGUGUGUAUGAGCUGCGGCUACUAUCUCGUCGCGGGGAGUUGCUGAGCGAGCCCAGUCCAUCAGUCAAUGUCUCCACCAUGGGGAUGGAGAUCUACCCCGCCACAUCCCGACUCCUGGAGCGGGUCCCGGAGCCAUUACUGGCCGGCGUGCUGGGCGGGAUCGGCUUCAUGUGCUCGGCACUGGUCUUGCUGCUGGGGUCCGCCUGUAUCAUCAGCCGCAAGAGAGACAAGCGUCGCAGCAGGAAGACGCGAGAGCCCCUCUCUGUCAUCUAUAAAUGCUCCCCAUCAAUAAGGACUUCCGGCGCUGGCAGUCCAGACAGUGUGUUGAAGACGAGCUUACUCCCAGCCAGCGUCCGUCAUCCCACCACUUCCUCCACCACCACCUCCUCAUCCUCACAGACAGACUGUUCCUCCUUUGGCGGUGAGAGUCGAGGAAAGCAACUCCCGACCUCCUACGGCAGAGGCCGCCUUACGAGGACAACUUCUUCACCGAUUCCUUCCCAAAUCGAGUUGAUCUCCAGAAGCCCGGAUGGGCGCUUUGAACUCCUACCGUAUGACCAUGACGCCCUAAGUGUUCCCAGCAAGGAGAGUGGAAGGUACGACCAUGCUCGUAUCCGAAGGUCCGUGUCAAUGCACUCCGAUAAGGAAAACAGGAAGCAGCCAGCAUUUGUGCUCUCUGUUGAUCUCCCACCUUGCAAACCAGCAGAGGUUGAGGUUGAUUCCACAAAGCAAAGAGUUGGCAGGGCCCAAUGCUUGUCCUAUCAUGGUCCUUACAUCUCAGAUCAGGAGACGAGCUACGUUGGCUUUCCCAACUUCGGCAGCAUAGGCUCAAACAGUAGUUUGGUCACCGUUCCUUAUGAAGACAGAAGAAUAACUCCUACAUUUCCAGUGCUCCCACACAUCCGGGCCGGUAUUGGUCAACCAUCCACGACCGCCAGUUCUCUGGUGUUGCAGAUGGAGCACGAGCGCGAGAGAGGAAACCUCAGUCGCUGCCUGAAUCUGGCUCGGGAGAGAGAGGAGCUGGAGAGGGAGCUGCAGAGGUACACUCUUGAGAGGGGCCCCGUGAGAAAAAUGAGGGAGCAUUCCGACCUGGAGAGCGUCGGGGCUGGUGGUAAUGAGCUUGUGUGGGAAUAUAAAAGCAGCACUUUACCCCACAGAUACCCCCAGGGCAGCAAAGAGCGCUUUGGUCCCUCACGGAGCUCUUCCUCUUCCUCAUCUCUGCAUUGGGAUGUCCGCCCACCUCUGACUCUGAUCCCGCCCCGGACCUGUUCCAGUGCAUCUUCACCCAUGAGUACUUCUUCUUUUAAGUGUGGCGACCUUCAUCCCGCUCCAUCCUUUGCUGAACAGACCCCCCUCCUAUCUCAAGAGGGAGCCACGUUUUCCAGAGGCAGAUUAACUCUCCCACAUCUCUCCUCAAAGCACCAGAGACAUGAAAGGGUAGAGGCAGCCCCACGGGGCUAUAAUAAUUCACCACAAUCCACAGUCUUAGCAAUGCAAACGAAUGAUUCAUGCUCUGGGACACGGACACAGAACAGUCUUAGUCAUGGCAGCCUUUCAACGUUGUUUUUCCAUAACAGCGAAUACACCGAGGGAUCUAGUUGGGCUGCCGAUGGAGUGCCAGACUCCGCAAAAGCGGAGGUAGAGUUCCGCCAGCCCACUGAUGAAGACGUGUGUGUCGAGAUGAGUGUGGACGAGCCAGAGUGGGAGGCGUGUGAGGCACGGCCUGCCAAGCUCAUGCUGCACGACAGAAUCGCCUCGCAUGUGCAACACGAGCGCUCGCUGACUCGCAGAGGUCACCGCGGAGACACAAGCAGGAGCACAAGCUUUCGCUGGGGCGGUCCUGCUUCUGUGGACAAUCUUGUCAGGAUCCCAGCCGCUUCAUAUACUCCAAAACCAGAACCCCGGAGAGCCGGGACCCAUGGCUCAAAACUCUGGGAUUCUAAGCAGCGUAGUCAGAGCCUUGACUCACGGAGGCGGAAGGAAAGCACUUUCCUGCCUCCAGAUGCGUGGAUAGACUCCCUCAGCCAAGAAAACUGCUCUGUUGCGUCUGCACGCCAUGCAGACACUCUGCUCUGUGAGCCCCAGAGCUCACUGAAGAGGAAGAUCUCCAAAUCUCCAGCAAACUCUGCUUCUCGCACACAAGCUGGCUCCUGGUCAACUCCUGCUGUAGAUGCUUUAUCUCCAAGGAGCCAGAGGUCGGAAAGGCCCGAACCAAAAGCGGAGAUGCCUUAUCGCCGCGAGCCAAGAAGAGAGGCGUUUCUCUUUCCCAAUGCCGCCAAAUGGGCAGUAGACCACACAGAGGCAAUGAAAAAGUCAGACGAUUCAGACGAGGCCGUGAAAAAAGAUUCCGAAUGCUUACUGGCCGACGACUAUUACCAAGUGGCACUAGGGGUGGAGUCGGGGGGCUACGAGGUGCCAGAGUCUGGGAGCAGUUACAGCAGCUAUGCCAGCAGCGGGCGUGGCAGCAUGGAGCCCGCCAGCAGACGCUUGUCCCUGUGUUACCUUUCCCCGACCCUCCCCUGCUCACCUGAGACCGUAGAGGAGGGCCAGCAUGGCACAGAGGACCGGCACAGUCACCAAAUGGAGCUAAGCCAAAGGAGAAAAGCCUCAGUUGAUGAGAAUUAUGAGUGGGAUGAAGUUGAUUUCGGCUCACAGCUUGGAGACCAUGACGACUUGCCUCCUUCAGGGACUCCUCUGAAGCCGACUCCAUGCUGCACCCUCCCCAGAAUGCAACGCUCCACUAAGGCACAGAAAGAUUGCGCUGAGCGCUCUCUGCUCCUGGGGCAUCUAAGCAGCCGCUCCGCUGAGUCCGAACCGGACACCGUGCUGUUCUGAGAGUGCCGGCCUUUGGCUCAUCUCACCUGGUGUGACGUCUCACUUAUUGACGUGUUUUGGGCACCACAAGGCGACAAAAGUGCAUGUGUCAGAAAGUGAGCUUUUUGUCUGAAUCAAUCUAAUUCUCCCUUUUCAAACCAAGAAAAAGGGGGUCUGGUAAGGAGAGUCUCCAGCCAGGUCUCUUUUAUAAACUUCACCUUGGAAAAUAAUGGUUUUCAACAAUAAGGGUCUUUGUAAAAGCGCUGGAAACACAUAUAAUCACCGUUAGCCUGCUGUAGAGCUUAAAAAGGUUGCUUCCCUUUGUUACCCAUCGCCAUCUCGCUCUUGGCAAUUUCUUUUGAGAGAAGUUUGCCAACUUGCCAAUUUCAAAGCUUUUCACUGUGAUAAUGGCUUCACCAGGUUCCCUGUGUGUGUUUGGAGACGCAUUCAUCAUCCAGGGAUGACUCAUUGGCCACACGGGAGGAACAACCAUCAGAGUCAUUAUCAAGUGACUGGUUUGCAAAAGAGAUGGUUCACUUUUUCUAUAUCAUCAAUCACUUUUGAGUUCAACGUGAUGUUGAUGAAAUGCCAGUAAAUAAGCAACACAGAAUAUAAAAACGCUAUUUUGCUAAUCAGCUCAUAUUUUGAUGUAGUUCAAAACUGUUUCCAAAAAGGUAAAACCCCAACAGGGAUCAUUAUUUUGCCGUUGAAAUACUUUUUUUUUUUUUAAACUUUUGGUAUCUAACAAUCUAACAGCCUCAGCUUAGAACUCUAAUUAAGUUUGAUAAUGAAAGAGGGUUGAACAGACUUGAAGGAUUUAUUUUCUAUGAACAUAAAGGGAAAUUAGCUUUGGGGUUUUUCUUUUCACUUCAAUUUACCAAAGAUCAAUUCGUUUAAAUACUCCCUGCAGCACAGAAUACCGGCACAGUUGUUAUCAGUGACACUCGGGAGAUCUAACUGGGGUGCUGCUAAGUGGCUUCGGUUAAGUGCAACUGCAAUGGAUACUGCGUAAUACUUGAUGACAGACUGGCAACAGACUAAUUGUCAUACAAAAUGACCACAAUUUCAUUUGAAUCAGCAUUUAUAAAGUUUCAGACCCCAUUUACCUAAUUCCAGGGGAACCAUUUGUUCAGUAAAGAUGAAACUCGGCCCAAACUCGCCCCCACGCGCUGCAAACCCACAGAGAGAAACACGGUAUGUUUCAUGCUCCUUUCUCCGUGAACAAUGGAAGAAAAAGGCUUUAGUUGGUUGCUCUAGCUCAAGGCCUUCACAUUAGUCAACCAAAUAAUGAACUCAGAGCUGCACAACCUACCAGAGCAUUGUUGGGUAUCAUUCCUAUAAUUGAAAUUCACUCAUAGAGGCUACAUUCACAGCAAAUCAAUGUUUCACUUCCGUAGGACAUUUUCAUUUUCUCGUGCACAUACAUUGUACCUCCGGCCCGUGAAUGAUCAAACCCCGUGCGCUGCUGCGGGGACACACAGUCAGCAAGUUUUCCCCCUUUUUUUAAAUUCAUUUUUUCAUUUACUCAAUGUGUUUCUUUUUAAGAAAGAAUGUUGCCUGUUUCUUACUUUCACGGCUAAAACCUUUUUAGUGGGAACGACUGCAUGCUGUAAGUUGAUGUGAAGGAUUCCAUCAAAAAAACAUUAGAAACUAGAACAGAAAAUGUACACACGCACAAACACACAAACCUCUGGCUGUAUAGUAAUGUGGAUGCACCCAGAGUACUACAGCAUGUCAGAAUAAAACAUCCCAACCGCAUAUAGUUUAUACACCAGCGAUGACUCAUAAACCCGAUUGCUGUACUGCUUUGUUUUUCAGUUAUUGUGUGUACUCAGGGGGAUCAGCUUUGAAGAAGCACUCUUUGAUUAUGACCAUUAAGCAGCAGAUGAAAUAUUUGACGCUUGUGUUAGCUCGGUAAAUUCUAUAUUCGGCAUUAUGUUAUGAGUGUGUGUCAAGCUAUUGAAAAACAUUCCCAGUCAAGGUUUUCUGUUUUAAAAUCAAAUAUAUGAUUAAAGCGAAUUUUCUUAAAUAAUGUUUGUGAUAAUGUGCAUAAAUGUUCAGCUCAAUUCUGCCCUUUCGACACUGAAGUGGUCUGCCCUCAUUGACAGAUUAACCACUAGUUUCAGAUCUCAACAAGCCACCAAUUAGACUAAUGGUUUUGGUCCAGCAGACAACAUCCCUUUCAAGAAAAGGAUUUUAGGAAAUGUCGCACUCAUCUUUUUUUAACCUUUGCAAUACUAUUUAUUUCAAUUUCUGUUUAAGAAAUCCCUUUGACUUGAGAUUAGGAGGUGUGACAAACACAUAUUGUGUGGUUUUGCUGAGAGCAAACAAAGAAAUCAGUAACUUUGAGCGCGUGUUGCGCGCCUCCUUCAGCAGGUAUUUGUAACAUUCAAACGGAAAUCUCCACUGACGGGUUUAGUUUUCCACACUUGCAGGGAGUGAAUCCCUCAGCUGUCAUUCAGGCUUUGUUCUCAAAUCUGUAAUUGUCAAACCACCUUGUUUGUUUGAUUUUGAAGCCAUAUUUUUCAGAGAAGACAUUUCCUUUAUUUAUUUACACAAUAAAAUACACAAUGACAGCUUUAUAUAGUAUUCAUAUAGCAGUAUACCUGAGGUGUAGGAGGCGCGAUGUAAUCUUUGUUGUGUUCGCUGACCCAUGACAAAAAUAUAGUGUUGAUGGCUUGCACUUAGUCUCGGUUAGUUUUAUCUUCCAAUUAUCUCACAAUUAUGACAACAAAGAUGGUUAGAGCCAUGAUCUAUAACAGCUCUGUUACAGGUGAUCUGGUGACACCUGUGGUUGCCGUAGCAACAAAAUGCAACAAAGUGAUGUUUCCAAACACACAUGUAAUUUUAUCAAAAGAAUAUGCAGAUCUGCUGUUGAAAAUGCUGUUGCAUAGUUUUGUAGAGGCUUUUUUGAAUGACAGAAACAGAAAUGUCUUCACUGCUUUACAACAAAAGCCCCCCCAUGUUUGUUUUUUUCAAUGCAAUGCAUUUAACGCGAAGCCGCGGCACCAGCUGAUGGGAUAGUGGGCAAACAUAACUGCACAAAAGCCUGAUUUAAAAGUUGCUGGAUUAUUUACUCUAUAUUAUCAUAUGUCUAUUAUUACAAUACUUACAUUUGACUUUACUACUUUAAAGUGUCUUAAAACUUUCCCUUUCUAUAUUAACCAGAAAAACAACUCUGAAAUAACUGAUUGUAAAGACGUGUAUGAGAAAAGGAUCCUACUUCUCACUUGAUUUAUUACCUCAGAAGUUUAUGGUCUCAAUCACUAGUUUCAAGUCUUACAUUAUGGCGUUUGUUUUUUGUUGUUUUUUGUUGUUUACUAAAUGACGGUCCAGUUUCAACAGACCAUAAAGCAGUGCAUGCUCACCACAAAAAAUUUGUUUUGAUGAAAAUCUGAAUGAUCAUUGCUUUAUGAAGAGUCUUUAGUAGCUCUAAGUCAGAGUCUCCUCAAAUAUAACUUUGUUCUAUUAUCUUAAUGCUGCAGCUUGCAACUUUUAUUAAAUAACUUUAUCACAUUUGCUCAAACUGUCACCAUAUCCUGACAGUAAUACAUUAGACAUAUAUGUAAUAAGUGUGUGUGAAUAAAUCUCUGGGCAUUCUAUAACGCGGCUGUCAAUCACAGGCGGAAUAUUUUCCAAUUUCUUGCCUCAAAUGUUUUCAGAUACAUAUUUUAGCGAACCCCACCAGCCUGGAGCAAUUCUCCUUUAUGUUUCUGAUCAAGCGAAACAAGCAAAAGGACAUCACUUUGGGGGCAAACACGAGGGGUCAUCAACAAAGAAAUUGUAAAAGAGAGACACACAUGAUCAGACGACAUUUUCUUGUGGUGUUUGCCGCUGUGACGGAGAUGUUCUGUUUCAUUAAACCUCGCGCAUGUCCUUAUUUUUGUGCUUAGCCACCUUCAAGUGGACUACAGCAGGUGUUCUAUUUUGCGUGGCAAAAAGAAGUAGGAGGACAAUUAGCUCUCGUUGAUGAGGAUAAGCAGUGACUAUUAUCUCCUACCAAGUGUAAAAUGAGUGUGAUUAUAAUCAGAAUUACUGUAGUAAUGUGGGCAGACGUGAAUCAUUUAAAGAUUGAAACCUAAAUGGAAGUUUUUCAUCAGUCUAUCUGCACAUGCGGCAUUCAGUCGGGAGGCGAGAAUUCACUACAUGUCAGCAAAGUUAAUUACUUCACUGAAUGCUUCCCAGCAGAGUGGGUAAUAAUAGCAUCAGGGGAGAGAAGGACUUUUCUUUUGUUGUAUUGGUUUUAUGGCACAGCGGAAUCUCUCUUAACCCCUAUUUCACUUUAAUUAGACAUUUUCCCAAGAGACUUACUUUUUGAAAAACAUCUGUGUUCUUGUUAUCCCAAGGGCACUAACCUACCAGUAAGUGGUGCUUAUCCUCUCAAUGAUUGCAAAGCAUGUGCAUCCGGAAUUGAUGACCUUAUUAUAAUGGAUGGUUUAACUGUGUCCUUUAAAACACACUUUGACAGAAAUCCUGAUUGAGCUUCAUUUCUCGCAGCGCAUGUUAACAUUAUGGAGCACUUGAUGUUCGACUGACAUCAAACACCUGACACGACUGUUUGAGCUACGGAUUUACUAUACUCAUUUAUAUUAUUAAAACACGUGGAGAUAUACAGAUUUAUAUUGUAAAAGUCAAGCAAACGAUUCUGUGCAAUGUGAUUAUGUUGCAGUAAUGUUUACAAUGGUGACAACAAAAGGAAACAAAUGGACUCUUUUAAAAAUAUGUCAAAAGAUUUUAAUUUAAGUUUUCUUAUUAGGAACUAUUUGUUUAUAUUUGGAUGAGGAAUUCUGUUGUUUUUGUUGAUAUUGGCUUGUUUUUUAAGGUAUAUUUUUAAUGUGACAUUUAAAUUUAUUUUUACUCUUUUGACUGUUUAAGCUGAUUUUGUGAUUAAUUUGUUUUUUAUGUUUUGUGUCUCUCAGCUUUGGGAUUAAUACAAUUUGUAUGGAAUCAGUCCGGAUUUACCUGGUUUCAUAUAAUAAUGCAAAAUAUUUUAGAAAUACAUGUUCAAUGAAAUUAGCUCAUAGUAAAUCUCUUUGGUUUUUCACUGCUUUUUCUAUUUUUUCCAGGUAAAUCCCAGAUUAAGAUGGUGGCAAUAUAUGCAAUCUAUUUCUGUAAUUUUAAAGAAUAAAGAGUUAUGUUUCUAUUCCACUAA